AGAAGAAAACUCGAUUGGAUUUAACUUGGGGUCGGAAGAAACUCCUGCCUGCUGGAUCUGGUUUAGACGCCCCGACAGCUAAGUUUAACUGCUCAUUGUAGUUCUCCCCGUCUCGCCUGAACGUGUGAAACGAGGCGCUGGUUUCAUGGAGGCAGGGAAAGAGUCUGUGAGACCGAAAGUUUUUAAUCUCAUCGGACACAGAAGUUUCUUUGUUCGGUCCGAGAAGGCACUGAGCUGAAGCUGCUCGACUGCGUAACUGCUUCUUCAGCUCCCUCCCUUCCAAAACGUUUGGUAACCCUGCAAGUAUAAUUAACUUAUCGGGAAAUGAGAAAGUCAUAAAGGAGAUCCAUGUGGAUGGUUUAAUAAACUGUUCGGCGUCCUGGUGAAUCUGUGGUCCCAGCUGAGAAGCUGAUUCAGGCUCCUGGGGUGUAAAUUAGCAGUGGUGGAGUGAUUUGGGGGCAUCAUACAACAAUGGUGUGGAGAGCUGUACAGAUGGAUGUUUUACAGAAUUCCACAUCAGGAUGAGAAAUACUGGAUGUCACUAAAUAAGACCAGGUCCAAGUGGUCUUCUGACACUUCUGUUGAUAAGUAAAUGAAGACAAAGAUGAUAAGAGUGAGCUAGCUGACUAGAAUGUUGACUUUGAAAGCUCAGGGAAGAAGCAGCAGGGAGAAGAAAGUAACACAGUGUGCCUGAAAAUGACAACGAAGCGGAAUUUGUUUUUGCGGCUGGUGCCAUGCCGCUGUCUGCGUGGAGAGGAGGAAACUGUGACUACACUUGAUUAUUCUCACUGCAGCCUGGAACAGGUGCCUAAGGAGAUUUUUACUUUUGAAAAGACCUUGGAAGAACUGUACUUAGAUGCUAAUCAGAUUGAAGAGCUUCCAAAGCAACUGUUUAACUGUCAGUCUCUACACAAGCUGAGUUUGCCAGACAAUGAUCUAACCACAUUGCCAGCAUCCAUUGCAAAUCUCAUUAAUCUCAGGGAACUGGAUGUCAGCAAGAAUGGCAUACAGGAGUUUCCAGAAAAUAUAAAAAACUGUAAAGUCUUGACAGUUGUCGAGGCAAGCGUAAAUCCAAUUUCAAAGUUGCCAGAUGGAUUUUCUCAACUGUUAAACCUAACACAGCUGUACCUGAAUGAUGCUUUUCUUGAGUUUUUGCCAGCCAAUUUUGGAAGAUUAACUAAACUCCAGAUAUUGGAACUUAGAGAAAACCAGUUAAAAAUAUUGCCAAAAACUAUGUCCAGACUGACUCAGCUGGAGAGACUGGACUUAGGAAGUAAUGAAUUCACAGAAGUGCCUGAAGUACUUGAACAACUGAGUGGAUUAAAGGAAUUUUGGAUGGAUGGUAAUAGACUAACACUUAUUCCUGGGUUCAUAGGCACUUUGAAACAACUGACUUACUUGGAUGUUUCUAAAAACAACAUUGAAGUAGUCGAAGAGGGUAUUUCAGGUUGUGAAAGCCUGCAAGACCUACUGUUAUCCAGUAAUUCACUUCAGCAACUGCCAGAGUCUAUUGGUUCUCUGAAAAAGGUGACAACACUUAAAAUUGAUGAAAACCAGUUAAUUUAUUUGCCAGACUCCAUAGGAGGGUUAAUAUCAGUGGAAGAACUGGACUGUAGUUUCAAUGAAAUUGAAACAUUGCCUUCAUCUGUUGGGCAGCUCUCAAAUAUAAGAACAUUUGCUGCAGAUCAUAACUUUUUAACUCAGCUGCCAUCAGAGAUUGGAAACUGGAAGCAUGUAACAGUGUUGUUUCUGCAUUCUAAUAAGCUUGAAUUUCUCCCUGAAGAAAUGGGUGAUAUGCAGAAAUUAAAAGUCAUCAAUCUGAGUGACAAUAGACUGAAGAAUUUACCAUUUACUUUUACAAAACUGCAACAACUCACUGCUAUGUGGCUAUCAGACAAUCAGUCUAAACCACUUAUCCCUCUUCAAAAAGAAGCUGACCCUGACACACAGAAAACAGUACUUACUAAUUACAUGUUCCCUCAGCAACCAAGGACUGAGGAGGUUAUGUUCAUAUCUGAUAAUGAAAGUUUCAAUCCAUCUCUGUGGGAGGAACAGAGGAAACAGCGUGCUCAGGUGGCAUUUGAAUGUGAUGAAGACAAAGACGAGAGAGAGGCACCACCUCGGGAGGGCAAUCUGAAGAGAUACCCAACUCCAUAUCCUGAUGAACUGAAGAAUAUGGUCAAAACAGUCCAGACAAUUGUACAUAGACUAAAGGAUGAAGAAUCAACUGAAGAUAAUGCCAAGGAGUCAAAACGAGAAGUCCAGACAGUUUCUGUAAAAGAUGUGGGGGUAAAGACCUCAGAAACUGAUUCAAUAAAGAACAAAGCCGAUGAGAGAAAACAAUAUUCAGCAGGAAGCUCUGUGCAGAAGCCUAGUGAACCAGAAGCUGAGCACAGCACUGCAAAUUCACAGAUGACUGCACUUGUUAAAACCUUGCAGAACACGAAAACAGCUGUCAACCAUGAGGACAUGCUUGAGCAGGAGUCAGAAGAACUCUCCUCUGAUGAAGAGAUGAAAAUGGCAGAAAUGAGACCACCGCUGAUAGAAACCUCCAUAAACCAACCAAAAGUGGUAGCCCUAAGCAACAGCAAAAAAGAUGAAUCAAAAGAUACUGAUUCCUUAUCAGAUGAAGCUACCCACAAUAGUAAUCAGAAUAACAGCAACUGUUCCUCUCCUUCUCGAAUGUCAGAUUCUGUUUCCUUAAAUACUGACAGUAGCCAAGAUAUUUCUCUCUGUUCUCCUGACAAAGAAACACAUGCUGCUGUUCUAUCCAAAAUCAGGCGAGAAGAUGAAAAUUUGAAUAAUCUCUUGCAAAAUGGAGGAGAAUUGAGUAUUACAGUAGAAGAAAAACUAAAUGUGCAAGAGAAGGUUACAAAUUUGUCUGAAUAUGAAUUGAGCAUUGAAGAAAGAUUAGGCCUGAUAGGAAAAGGUGUUGAUCUAAGUACUCCUAUGGAGGAAUCUCAGAAAUUAGACCAAAUAAACAUGAAUAUCAAUAAACUUGUUAGUGAAGAGGCAGUGCCAGUUCCUGUAGAAAAGUUAGAAACACAGAAAAUGGUUUCAGUAAUGGGCUUUUUGAAUAACAACGCAAAAGAAGAAAGUGGGCACUUUGAAAAUGGAAAUAAAUACCGUGUAAAUAAAGUAAACGGACUUGCUGAGGAAACCGUACAGUCUCCUAGUAAAGAAAAACUAGCAAAAAGCACUACAGUUGAUGGGGAUUCUGCUGAGCUAUCUGUUUCUAGAAGCACUGAAGAUUUGUCCCCUCAGAGAAGCGGUCCUGUGAUGAAAUCUCACAGCAUCACAAGUAUGGACAGUGGUGGGCUGAAAAUCUAUGAUACUGUAAAUGAGAAUGGAUCUCAACAACCAAACUCAGCGGUAAAAUCAGGAUCAGAUACUGCAGAUGGAAAAAACAUAGUCCGAAGUAAAUCUGCUACUCUUCUCUAUGAUCAGCCUUUACAGGUUUUUCCUGGGUCAUCAUCAUCAUCUGAUUUAGUAUCUUCUACAAAAACGGUGUUCAAGUUUGACUCAAAUCACAAUCCUGAAGGUGCUAAUGUAGUGAGGGGAUCAGUGACAGGCGGUGCACAGAUGCUCUGUGCUCCGCAAUAUAAUAUUCAGUACAGCAGCAGUGCAGCAGCAAAAGAUGCCUUAUGGCCCCAGAAACAAAACACCCAAGUAGAACAGGGCACUUUACCUCCUUCACGUCUGCUUAGGUCUGACAGUACAGAAACUCCCAGUUACAUAAAGCAUUCCGGCAACAUGAAUUUUUCCAAUCAUAACAAUGUCCGGGCCAGCGCUGUGUACAACACUCACCAGCGGAUGGCUGGGAGACACGCAGAUCUGUGGGCUGUUCCACCAGGUGACAGAUUGCUCCCAGGAGCAACCAGGCACACGCUUCAGAGGCAGAGCAGCGUAUCUUCUACAGCUUCCAUAAAUAUUGGGGAUAGUGGACCUUCAAGACGAGCCCAGGUUCCUGAAGGGGACUACUUAACAUACAGAGAUUUGCAUUCGAUGGGAAGAGCUGCAGCGGUGAUGUCGGGACAGCAGAGGCCUCUCUCUGCCCGGACAUACAGCAUCGACGGUCCCAGCGUGGCCCGGCCACAGAGCGCGCGGCCCUCGGUCAGCGAGAUCCCAGAAAGAACUAUGUCAGUCAGUGACUUCAACUACUCGCGGACUAGCCCCUCCAAGAGAUCAAACCCAAGGGUUAACUCCGAGCACUCCCUAUUGGACCCUGCAGGAAAAACUAAAGUCCCUCAUGACUGGAGGGAACAGGUGCUGCGACAUAUUGAGGCCAAAAAACUAGAAAAGAGCAUGCUGUCUCGGUCCUUUAAUUCCAAUUAUGCUGCAGUUAGCAGCUUUCACUAUGGCAGCUCUAGGGAUCUGCAUGGCAGCCAGGGUAGUGUUGCCUUGAGUGUUGCAGACGGAAGAGGUUCUGGUGUGCACAUUGUUCGACAUCCCCAGGCUUCUACUCCAGGAGAUCAAUGCCAGGAUGAAGUAUUCAUUUCGGGACAGCAGAAUUACUCAUCUGCCACACUUAGUCUCAAAGAUGUUCCUCCAGACAGCAUCAAAAAACCAGCUGUGCAGAUGCCUUUAACAAAUGGACAAAUGUGCCAGCCUCAGAGGCUUCCAGCAAACUACAGCCAAGUCCAUCAUCUCCCUCCUCAAUCAUCAGUCGCAAGACAUCCAUCUAGAGAGCAAUUAAUUGAUUAUCUGAUGUUGAAAGUUGCCCACCAACCUCCCUAUACCCAGUCCCAGUGCUCUCCCAGACAAAGCCAUGAGUUUGCAAAGCAAGAGAUUCGCGUGAGAGUUGACAAGGAUCCAGAACUUGGAUUUAGUAUAUCAGGAGGAAUUGGAGGGAGAGGAAAUCCAUUCAGACCAGAAGAUGAUGGCAUAUUUGUAACCAGAGUGCAGCCAGAUGGACCAGCAUCUAAGCUGUUACAGCCAGGGGAUAAAAUAAUUCAGGCUAAUGGAUACAGCUUCAUCAAUAUUGAUCAUGGACAAGCAGUGUCGUUGCUAAAGACUUUUCAGAAUGCAGUGGAACUCAUCAUUGUGCGAGAAGUUUCUUCAUAAGUACCGUGGAUUGUGGGGAUAAACCAACAGAAUUCAUUGAAGGACUAUGGGGAAACUGAAUAUUUUGCAUAUUUUUAUACAUUAAAAGAACUCAGAAUUAUGAUCAAAAUUUGUACAGGAAAUACUGAACUUGUGGUUAAAGGGGGAAAAACCACUGUGGAGAACAUACAGGAAAUAAUUUUGGAAAUGUGUAUGGUGAAUAAACUUGUUUUUAAGCAUUAUAGCAAUUUAAGGAUCACUCCUCCAAGAACAAACCUGUGUUGUUUUUUUGUACAGAUGGUAGGUUUAUUUUUGGAUAAUUCAUACACAUUACUAAACUUUGUGCAAGGCUUUGCGAAGCCUCAGUUGUAGCCAAUGGACAGAUGGCAGGGCUGUCUGUCCUGUAGCUGUUUAUUGCCUUUAUUUUUAUUCACCAGAUAUUAAUGUGUUACGCUGAACCACUUCUGUAGAUACGAACGGGGAUAUGAAGUGUUGGCUUUGCUAUGUGCACAUUGUAUAGAUGAAUGGGUAGAUGGAAGGUGGUGCUGGUUGGACAGAAUAAAGGUCAGGUGAAACAAUUAUCUGCUAUCUAAAUCUGGUAUCAGGAGAGAAGAAAAAGUGUUUAGUUCUGGAGUGUACGUCUACCAAUAGAAAAUGCAAUAAAAGCUUAUGGUGUUUUUUUUA